AUGUGUCAACCAGCAAAUAAAAAGCAAUUAGUUAAAGGAAUUUAUGGAGUAAUACCAUAUAUGGCACCAGAAAUUUUACGUGGUCAUCAAUAUACAAAAUCAGCAGAUAUUUACUCUUUUGGAAUAAUAAUGAAUGAGUUUCUUUCUGAAGAAAUUCAACUUAAUAAUAUUCUUCAUGAUGAAUUUUUAGUUAUUAAAAUAUGUAAAGGAUUCAGACCAAAAAUUUCUAAAGAUGUACCAAAAUUACUUGCAAAUUUAAUAAUAAAAUGUUGGGAUGCUGAAAUAGAAAAUAGACCAACCACUAAAGAAUUAUAUCAGAUAUUAAAAAAAUGGAAUGACGAGAUUAUUUAUGAUGAAAAUAGUGAAAUUUAUUUUCAGAUAAAAAAAUAUGCUAAUUGUGAUAUUCAACCAACGAAUCCAAUUUCAGAAUGUUUAGAUGUUCAAUUAAAUGAAUCAGAACUAAAUGAAAUUUAUCAAGAUGGUGAAAAUAAUAUUGAAUGA